AUGAGUGGGUCUAACGGUAACACUGAUCCUGUGAUCUUGGCCACUGCUGGAUAUGAUCACACGAUUAGGUUCUGGCAGGCCCACAGUGGGAUCUGCUACCGAACUGUACAGCAUCCAGACUCUCAGGUCAAUGCAUUGGCAAUAACACCAGAUAAACAGCUAAUAGCUGCUGCAGGAUAUCAGCACAUACGUAUGUAUGAUCUUAACUCUAACAAUCCAAAUCCUGUCAUCAACUACGAGGGUAUUUCCAAAAACAUCACAGGUGUGGGAUUUCAGGAGGAGGGCAAGUGGAUGUACACUGGCGGAGAGGAUAAUAACGUCCGAAUCUGGGACCUCAGAUCCAGAAAUCAACAAUGCCAAAGACUGUUCCAAGUGAAUGCCCCAAUCAACUGUGUCUGUCUCCACCCCAAUCAGGUAAGUAUAAGAUAGAUAAUGAAAACCAAG